AUGUCCAGCGACACCUACAACCUUGUCCAGUCCCGUUAUGGUGACAUCGCUAGGCAGAGUUACACCAUCCAGCAGGACGAGAAAGAAGAGCAGAUCGCCAGGGCCUUUGGCUACAGUGCGGAGGAUCUCAGUUCGCUGCCUGAGAAGACGGACCUCGGAUUAAGCUGCGGAAACCCAGUGGGAUUUGCCAAUAUGAAAGAGGGUGAGACGAUUCUGGACCUUGGAAGUGGCAGUGGCAUUGACGUCCUCCUGGCUGCCCGUAAAGUUGGUGUCAAUGGACAGGCAAUCGGCGUUGACAUGACAAAGAAACGGAGAAUGAUCGAACUCGCCGAGAAAAAUAUGCAGAAGGCGGGAGUCUCCAACGCCAAGUUUAUUGAAGCAACUAUCAAUUCCAUGCCACUACCAGACUCCAGCAUCGACUGCAUCAUUAGUAACUGUGUCAUCAACCUUGUCCCGGCGAUCGACAAACCGGCCGUUUUUAAAGAGAUUGCUCGGCUAUUGAAGCCGGGCGGAAGGGUUGCUAUCAGUGAUAUUCUGGCUCGAAAGCCGCUCCCGGAUCAUAUAACUAAGAACAAGGCGCUGUAUUUUGGCUGUGUUGCCGGUACAAGUGAGAUUGUGCGGUAUGAGGAGUAUCUCGAGCAAGGCGGAUUCGAGGGUUUGCUCGUUGUUGACGCGAAAUCGGACCUGAAUCUUUAG